ACGUACCAUACAAUGACAUGUUGCUAUGGACACGACCACAGCUAAGCAAUCUUUUCGCAUGGAGGUGUGAACUCGUAGAACACACAUGUUCUAAACCUUUGAUGCUGGCUCAUUCAAACAUAAUUGCAAACAUUUAUCGAAGCGACUUAAAGCUCUUCGAAUAUAUUACCAAGCAAUAACCAGGUCGAUGAAGGCGGAUUUUGAAGGAGGUGUGGGCCAAAAAGAACAAGUUUUGUGGAGAACCCCGUUCUUUCUUGUCAUCGGAACUUGGUAAAGAUUUGCGCCUUGAGUUGCGGCGUAGCGUUUUCCGGUUACUCGCCUCUAUUCAAGCUCAAGAAUUGGAACGUCAGUCGUACUCGUAGUCGUUGACAGUGUCUCAAGCAACUCUUGAUAUAUCAAUUGUCUUGUAAUAUUUAGUGUUGUGCUCCAUCUACUUCAAGAUCUGGUGAAUUAUUGGACUCAAUUAUGGCUUUGGCUGUCAAAACAAAACCAGGUGUCAUCACUCACGAUCGCAGCCCUCGAUUUGAAGGUGUUCCAAAGCGUUAUGAAGACACAAAACCAGUCCAAGUCCAAAUUCAUGCACAUCAAAAGAUCCUUGAUAUUGGACAAGAAAUCCAUGCCAAGUGGGAGAACCUUUCACACAAUGAGAAAUCCCAAGCAAUCGUCGAUGCUGAGAAGGAGGUUUGGAAACAGGCUGAGCACUUCAAGAAGGUUGCGCUAGAAAAGUGUGAAGCCGACUGCCUAGCUGUAAAGGAACGUGAACUCCAAGAACUCAAGAAUACCCAUGAACGAAUGCUUAAGGAGGAAGCCCUGCGUGUGGAAGGGGAGAUGACCAAGAUCCAACACCAGGAAGUGAAGAGAGAGAAAGAGGCCGGGGAGAAGAUUCUUAGAGAGACGGUAGAGAAGGUGAAGGCAGUGAAAGAUAAAGAAAGGGAAGAGGCUGUAGCAAAGGCUAGGCAAGAGGAGGUGACCAAGGCGAGGCUGGCAGCAGAGAAAGUCUCUGGAGAGACAGCAGAGAGGGAAGCUCUAACUGUGAAGAGAUUAGCAGAAGAGAAGGCACAAGCCCUCAAGGUCCUCAAAGAAGACAAAACACAAGAACGCAUCAAGGCAGUGCUCAACGCCCAACAGGAAGAGCGCCGCAUCGCUGCUGCUGAACUUGCCAAGGUCCGAGAGGCCCACGCCAAGGAGAUCCAGGAGCUGCGGGAGGAGAUCAAGAGAUGGCAGGUGAAAGUGGAUGAGACAAGGUCAGAGGUAGUGAGUGAGGAGGAAGAGAAGGAGAGAUGGAUCCAGAAGCAUGCGGAGCUGAAGGAAUCCUAUCAGGUGUUCAUCAACAAGACCAAGGGAUUCAGGCCAGGACAGGCUGAGUUCUUACUGAAAUAACACUUCAGGUCAGAACAAGACACUUGCCUUUAUGAGAAAGAACCCUGAAAGUCGGUGGCAGAAAGAAGGCCACAAUUGCCAAGAGUUAGCCUAUCCUUCAGUCCUGGGCUGUCAGAUGACAAGGGGUGUGAGUUCUUUUUCACUACUUGCUCAAGGAAAACCUUCAGUUAAUAUGAAGUAGCACUUGAAUAAGUAUGAUCAGUGGAUCAGAAAUGAUAUGUGCAAAUAUCAUCCUUGACAGACUGCUCCAAAAAAAUUAUUUGUAUUUGUCAAUGUCAAGACUCUAUAUCUACCUGGAGUAGGACCAACAUAUUUGUUACCAAUGUUUGAUAUGAAUGUAUUGUACUGUGAUGUCUAUUCAAAAUCAAGAUACUAAUCUUACUUUAAACUCUGGUCUAAAGUUGUACUUUAACUAUGGAUAGCCAAUUGUGACAUACAUGUAAAUCUCUACUUGAACUUGAACAUAAAAAGUUUGAUUUAUCAGCUCAUCUGACACAAAUCAUUCAAAACUCUCUGGGAAUAAUAGCUGAAUUUUUUUUCUUUGCCAUUUUAGCAAGGUGGAAGAGCAUAAUGAACAUAGGAAACAUACAAUGUUCAAAUUUUUGGACAUAUUUGGUUUCCCAUAAGUUCAGGGUUCAGCACAGAGUUCGACUUCGGCCUUGGGUAAUCCUGACUUCAGAAUACGAGCCAAUGAGUCUGAGGUCUGCAUAGUUUAUUAGGUCUAAGGGAUAACUUUGAUUCUGAUUAUGACAAUAGGCCUACUGAAGGAUUCCUGGAAAGAUGCAACAUGUUGUGAUGUCAUAGACUUAAUAGAAUUAAUUGCAGCAUCCGGGAACUGAUCAUCAUUAGGUAUCCAUGCUUGCAAAUGUCAAGCACAAGACCACAGCUCAAAGCUCUUUAGAACAAAAAUUAACAAGACCAAAGAUCAAAAUUCUUUAGAACAAAAAUUAACACAACCACAAAUUAAAUCUUUAGAACAAAAAUUAACAAGACCACAGAUCAAAAGUCUUGAGAACAAAAAAUAAUAUGACCACAGAUCUAAGCACUUGAGAACAAAAAUUAAAAACACAUGAGAAUGAAAAUGAUAGAGACUAUAGAUCAAAUCUCUUUGCAACAAAAAUUCUUAAGACCACAGAUCAAAUCACUUUAGAACAAGAAUCACAAGACCAAAGAUCAAAGUACUUAAGAACUAAAAUCACAAGGCCACUGGCCACAUAUCAAAGUUCACUUGUCCCUUGAACGGGGAGUAUAGAUUUAGAAUCCAGGGUCCCAUCUUACAGAGAAUUACGAUUAAUCCAAUCAACCAUAACUAUGAAUGAUCAGCAACGGCAACAUCUAAAACGUAUAUUUGUUCAAAAUGUUUUCUAGUUAUGAUGUAUAUUCAUACAUUCAUCGCUCUCUUGAAGAUUCAGUGUGAUUCUCUUCACUAUUAGUCUAUUGUGUAAAUCUCCUGUAGAGAAAAAAAUUAUUGUAUACCGGUAGAUGGAUAUCCAUACAGUUGAGAUUGAUUGGAUCAAUCGUAACUCUUUUUAAGAUGGGGCCCAGAUAUGCUUUUACUGUUAGCUUUGAUUCUGUGACCUGGAGAAGCCUUUGGUCUCAUUAAUUGUUGCCUUGCAAACCUUUUGAUGGCAAUACUUUUCAGAAGCUCAUAAAAAUUAUGCUGCUCAACUUUGGCAAAAGGAAGCAAGUGACACAUCAGUAUUGUUGUUUCUAAAACACCCUUUGUAUGUUGCA